CCGCCUUGUGCUUGGUCGGUCUCCUGCUCCUCAAAACAACUUCAAUUGCCCUAAAGGAAACAACCCAAAGGGUCUAAAUAUCCCGCGUUUGCACCUAAAGUUUUUUUUCCUAGUUUUUAACCGGUUCAAAACGUAAUUUUUCUCCAUAAACCGGCGUUUUUUAAUUAACUUUACGUUACUGAAUAAUCAUUUCUAUGUGUACAGUGUUUCAAAGUGUUUUUGUGUGUUUACAGUGAUAUUUUUCAACCCCUAACCAUCUGAAGUUCUCCCUUGACAUUGAUCUAACGAAUUUCAUGGAAUUUUGUUGGUAGGACGGACAAUUAAACGGAAAUGGACCCGGACAUUCCAGAGAACACUCAGCCAGAGCCUGUAAACAUCACAGUACAUUCUGAAGCCAAAGAAGAUGCUUUACCUCCACCUGCCAUGGAAGAACACGAAGAUAUUGAAGCAGACUCCAACAUUCACGGGUUCCUAAACAUCACAAACAACAUCACAGUGAUCGAACAACAUCUCAAUAAUUCUAGUGACAGUAAAAAACAGUUAUUGUGCGAAGGUAGUGAUAGUGGUGUUGAAAUAGCUGAAACUAUAGAGUAUCAAAGAGCCCUAAGUUCGAACAGCGGUGUUUCUCAGGAUUUCGACAAUAUCUGCGCUCAAUCUUGCGACUCUUCGAUCAUUUCUUGCUGUUCUAACUACGAAGAAGCCUACAAUCUUUUAGUCAGGAAGAAUUCGACGCUUUUGGAGGAUUAUACCUUGAGAAACGGUGACGUUACCAGUGAGAACGGCAGUGAAAGUUCUUCACUGAGCGGAUCCCAAAGCAGAUGUAGACGUAGCACUCUAUCAUCAGCGAAGAAGAAAAUCCUGAACUCAAACGAGUCAAAAAAGACACCCACAACUGCAAUCAGGGAUAGAUCCAAGUCAAAACCACCCGCAACACCACUAAGAACGUCGAGUAAUCCUUCCCGACUCAAAAGCUUGGAUAGGCUUCAAAGUAAGACUGCGCCAACUUCACGAACAAGUAUUGCAAGCUCCAGGAGUAAACCUGUACCAAAUAACCUGGAUCUUAACAGGAAAGACUCUGUUAGGAAAACUCAAGGACCUAGAUCUAUGCCUCCCACUUGUUUGAGUAGAACUUCCACCCAGGCAACACCUACAGAAGACAAUAGAUGGUCCAGUAAGACAUCUUCUGCCAUGACGAGGUCUCUGAGAGUCAAUACUGAACAUAAAUCUAGAAUAUCACAUACUGACAGUAAGACUAUAGAAAAAUAUGCUACACUACCGAGAAGGAAAAAAGAAAAAGACAAAGUUAUUGAUGAAAAGAAAGUUCUUAAUCCUUCUACGACAAUAAACAAGAAGAGCUCUAAAGAGAACACUCCCUCCAGAAUGUUUAGUUCGUUAUAUGUCCCGAAAAACAAAGCCAAAACGAAAAUAUACCACGAAAUGAACGUCCAGACGGCCUUGACGAUGUGUGAUAUAGACAAGGCCUUGAAUGGUGCCAUGGUGUCUCCGAAAGACCCCCAAGACAUCGAUCAGUGUACCAAAGAGGUUCAGGUCGAUAUCCAUUCGAAAGAAAUGGAGAAACUCAAAAACCAACUGAGGAAUUUGACUGAGAAAUACGAUAGUUUGCUGAGUCAGCAUAAGGAUCAGACUGAGAAGUUGAACGAGACUGAAUCGAGGCUUAAGGCUGAGACUUUAGAGAAAAAAGGCUUGAGAGAAGAACUGAACAAUAAUACUCAAAGGGUACUUGCCAUAUUAGGACAAGCAGAAAAUACUGAAGCUACAGAAUCGAGCUCUUCCAAUGACAGUUUGCUGGUGCUGGAAAACAGGUUUCAAAACGUCAGUCAGGUGAUCAUCCAACAAGAGGAGGAAAUAGCCAAACUCAACAACUACUGUCGUUCCUUUCAAAUAGACCUAGAAAAAAGCCUGGCAGCUCAAAAAACUCUCCUCCAGCAACACCAAGACCUUGAAGCUGAAAGUAUAGAGCUUCAGGAGUUCAUGCAAGCUGAAAAAACGACUUUGGCAGAUGCUUUGAAAGAGGCGGAAGGUGAAAUAAAAAGAUAUCAGCAAGUAUUAACAGAAAAAGAUAAGGAACUAGCCGAACAACAGGAAGAGUGUAAACAGCUUGCUAGGCUUAGUGAGCAAAGACGUUUAGAGAAAUUAGGACUGCAAGCUAGAAUAGGAAACUUAGAGGCUAAAAGUAGAGAAUUGUUAGUACAUCAAGGAAGCUCUGUAUCUGGAGCUUCUGUAGCUUUAGCUUCCCUUAUUCAAAGGCUUAGUGGUCUGGUAGAUGAACUUGUAGCAGCUUACAAUAUCUCAGAUCAGGAACUAGAAGAUGUAAUAUAUCACAACGAAGCAUAUAAUAACAGUAGCAGUAGUGUAGAGUCCACUCCAGAAAAAUCCAGAAUAUUUACUGAAGACAAGCAGUCUCCAAAUGGAAAAGGUUCUUCGUUUGUUUCUGCUGUGAUCAAUGCCAUAAAAAACGCAGCCUCCGGUAAGGAUUUGAGCAGAAAGGACAGCCUGUAUGACCGCAGCAGUUCGAACGAAAUGUUAGAUUCUGAAACUGAACCAUGCCUCAUGAUGGAACACGUUCUGGAAGACGUGGUGGUUCCUGAUGGUCAUUCACACAAUAUGAUCUCUUCAGGACAUGGCAGCAUGCUGAGUUCGAGGCUAACUCACAGCGAGAGUUUGAAGGACGUUUCAAAUAUAUACCUGAGCAGGCAGUGUUCUGAACCGACUAGUCUCAAUACGUCAUUAACCAGUGAUAUUUUCUCUUUAAGUGAGUUUUUACCACCUAUUUCUCUAGUUGAUCAAGUGAUAGAUGUCGAUAACGUCAUCACCAGGUUAUUGAAGGUCAUCAGGAUCAUUCAGAUUGAGAAUGACGAUUGCAUGAAUGAACUACAAGAUCAAAGAGACUCACUGACAGAACAAGUUGACAAACAAAAAGAAACCAACAAACUAGUGGUAAAACAGCUGAAAGACUGGGAAGUCUUAGGUGCCAGACUCAAGAGUGAAGUCAAAGAGUUGAUGAGUCAGCUGAGUCGGAAAAACACUGAGAUGGAUGGAGUGAAAAGUGAAUUGAACAAACAAAGAGAAGAGGUAGAGAAGUUGAAUCAAGAUGUGUGUGAUCUGUCAACAGCUCUGUCAAAGGCUGAGCUUGAAAUGAGAGUGAAAGAUGAAGAUGUUGAUAGACAAAUAGGAGUUUUUAGUGAUACUGGUGAAAUUCCAUCAGAGGAGGUCUUGGCAAGACUUAUUGUUACACAAAACGAGGUUCCUUCUUUGAAAGAGAAAAUUGCUGACAAAGAUAAACGACUGAACGAAUUGAACCAAGAGUUCCUAGCCAGCAAACAAGUACUGACUGAAAGCCUGAAAGAUGCCAUGAACGAAACCAAGAGACAAUACGACGCCAUUGACAGCGCUUUGGAGGUACUUCACAGUAUCCAACCCGUAGUCCAACAAUGCCCUCCCCUAUCCCAACUACAAAGAGACCUAGAGGAAGCGAACUUUCUUAGCGCUUCCACCAUGCCUUUGGUAACACCAGCAGAUUGCAACGCCAACGCAGGGUUGCUUCAAGGAGUCGAAAUCACUCACGCUAUCAACACUACUGCCUAAAAAAACACUAAUUUCUAAUAGUUUACGAUUUAUUCAUAGAUUGAGCCAUUUUGUGCCAGUGGGUUAGAAGAGGAUAAAGCUUAUAAGGUUGUUAUUCAAUAAUGUUUCAUUUUUUGUCAAAAAAAAAAUCGUGAUAUAUUACUAAAAAGCGCUUUAAAAUGUUUUUGUUUUGAGCGAGUUUAAAAAUAAGGUUAUGUAGCAAAACAAUAUGGCUAUCACCAGCUGAUCUCUGUUUUGGUUCAAUAAAUAACCAAAUUUUUAGAGAAAGACUAUAGGUAUUGUUAAAAAAUGUUGUUUUAUCACCUAGAUUCAGUCAUAUACAAAAUUUUCGUUCGUACAUUAGUAAAAUUUAAAGAUUAGCACAAAAAAAACGACCAAAAAAAUUAAAUACGUUGUUAUAUUGUCAAUUUUCAAGUUAGAGUAUGGCUUGAAACAAAUCAAAAAAGAAUCAUUGAAUUGUACAUAUAUUUCCGAAUUUUCCUUGUGUACCUAUAUACAACGUGUUCCAAAAAUAAGUCCAAAAAACUUGGAUAUUAUUGUAGUGUAGUUUUGACCUCCCCUUUUCUCAUAAAGGCUGAUAAUAAUAUGCCAUCCAAGUUAUUAUGUAAUAUAUUUAAUUUCACCUUUUUUCUCGAUAAUAACGGUAUGAAAUUAUAUGAUAAUUUUUUAGUUUUUUUUCAAGUCUUUUAAGUAUAAAACAACUGUUUCUGUUUUUUUUUAUACCCCAUGACCAUAAUUGUUCAAAAUUCGAAACAAAAUUGUUUUAUAUUCAUCUCAACUGUUUAGUUUUAAUUUUUUUUCAUUUAGAUAUUGGUGCUUUCAACAAGAUUACAUAUUUUUAGAAUGUAUUGUAA